AUGACGAGGGCCCGGAGAGACUCAAUUGUAUCGAGCAUUGCAUCGCAUGGCCGCGGUACAGAAUAUCAGACCGUUCCGCAUCUACUUGAUGAUAGUUACCUUUUCAAUCAACUUGAGAAGCUUUCAAUUACAAUUGCGGAUGAUCAAGAGACCUCUAAGAAGCCACUGGAAUCCCUGAGGAGUGGCAAGGCUCCUAGUUCCGCUGUCGGUACGGUUGAUAGAUAUGAAAAAUACGUGGUAUAUUUGCAACAACUAGAUAGGAAUAUUCAACAAUAUGACACUAUUAUGGCACAGUCCAAGCGGGUAAAUGCCGAACUAACGCAAUCGAUUGAGAAGUUUAAUAGUAUAUCUUCUAAUACCACGAAGUUCGUGAACAAGACGAGGAAUUUGUAUGAGGAAACUACUGAGUUAACUAAGCUGUACGAAGGCAUCUCGCCUGUUCUGCAAUAUUUCGACACGCUAGAACCAAUUAUUAGACGUUUGAAUCACUCUUCCUCAGCAAACCUUGUGAGAAAAAAUUCUUUCAAAACGAUGCUCUCGAACUUAGAUUCAUCUCUAAUUUUUUUGGACUCACAUCUCGAUUUCAGAGACUCUGAGAAAUAUAGGAUAAAAUUCAAAAGAUGUUUGAUUAGAGCUUGUGAGCUAAUUGCACAUUAUUUGAAAAAUCUCCUAACUCAAAUUUUCUUUGAAAUCAAUGAAAAGUUAUCAGGCCGCUCAGCGACUGUUUCAAAAGUCUCUACGGGGCCAUUGCUAUAUAAUAAAUUCGCGAUGAGCGCAGAAGAUUAUUAUGCACAAGUAAUUGAGAUAACUUCAAGAGCAAACAAUGACAAAUUUGCAAGAUAUCAUGACGAAAUAAACUCUAUUUUAAAUGGGUGCUACGAUCAGUAUUUUCAAAUUCGUUCGAAGCUGUUACAACCAGUGACAUCGACACUUAUUAAAGAAAUUACAAAUAAUGAGAAGGAAUACAACCUGGUUGAGUUUAUUCAAGAAGGUAAGUCAUAUUAUCAACAGCUCUGUAUUGAUGAAUAUAACCUGUUUAUUAAAUUUUUCCCAAAGGAGCAAUCUCACCAAAGAAUUAAUCAGUGGCUUUGUCAGCUCUGUGAGCCAUUAUACGAUGGUGUGCGAACACAAAUAUUACGUGAAACAGAAAUUUCAACGCUGUGCGAUUCAGUUACACUGUUCUCGCAGUACUACGAAUUUGAAGAAAACUCAGAAGAGUAUUCCAAGCAAUUCCAUGAUAUCAAAUUUGACAAAGUUUUCGAGCCAAUUGUUCAAAAAUUGCAAGCAAGGUUAAUCUUGAGAGUUCAGAUUUAUAUUCAAGAGAAUAUUGUCAAAUAUACACCUACCAAGGACUCAUUCAUCAUCUCUAGAAGGAAAAAAACAGGUGAGAAAUUGGAGACCCGGGAAGAAGAUCAUUCUGAUCCUGAAAAAGACCUUACUCGGCCCUCAAUUGUUCAUGUGUGGGAUAAUGAUGCAGGAUCUUACUACCCGACACUAAUAAAAUCACUUUGGCUUUUGUCAAAGAUUUAUGAAAUGGUAAAUUCCGUUAUAUUUGAUGACCUCGCACAUCAUAUUGUGCAUGAUUGUCUCUUAUCGUUAAGAAAGGCUUAUGAUAUGGUACAAUCUUCUUCAAGUGGUGUUAAUAAUCUUGAUAUUAAGCUAGCGUACUUGAAAAACUUAUUAAUGCUGCGUCAGGAAAUUCAAAACUUCAACAUACAAUACACGGUAAACGAAACUUACUUAGACUUUUCUGGGGUUGAAGCAUUUUUCAAAUCGACAUCAGAUGGAUCGAGAGGGCAAAGCGCAACAUCUAUUUUUAGUGUUGCAAAAUCACUUGUUCCCAAAGUUGUCAAUAGUAUGGUGGAUGCACGAACAGAACUAAUGGCUGAAUUGCGUAACCUUAUCAAAGAUUUCACUGACUGUGUGGCAAAAUCUAUAACAGAAGAUACCUUAAAAGUGGAUAACCUGCAUGACCAAGAUUUAUUGAAAAAAAAUCUAGAACUAAGGAAUAACAUUGAAGAACAUCUACCCCACAUACAUGCUCAAAUCUGUAAUUUCAUCGAGGAUAGUGAAAUAGUCAUUCAUUUGCUUGAUGCCAUACAGGAAACGAUCAUCCGGUCUUAUGAUGCUUUUUAUGAAAAUGUAAGUGAAAAAGCUGAAAACGGUGGCCUGGACAAAAGUCAAGUCUCCGAGUUGAUGUAUACUGAUGUAUUUGCUGAUUUCAUUAACAAAGUCACAAAUAAAUUGGUGGAAAGUAUCGAAAUAAUGUAG